CCCUCAUCCCGCACCCAGCGAACCGGCAAACCCGCAGCUGGCCCCUCAAGGCUCUACCAAUUCUGUUAGCUCUGCGUUUCGAAACCCUCAAAUCCAUCGUAUACGCCGCUCCUAAGCUCGCGAGGACUGGGCGGUCUCAGGAAGGCGGUCGCCCGAGCCCGGCGCCUCCCCUAAGUUUUGCGCGCUCUAGGUGUUGGGAUAAAUGUCAGACAGUGGCACAGACACCGAUGACGAGGUGCAGGCGCAGAUCCAGCGGCGCGGGCCCGCUGGCGCCAAACCGGUGCUGGGGGGGCCUGCUGGCGCCCGUCCAGUGCCGGGGUCGCUAGCGGCACCUCGCGGCACCAUCCCUGUGCCGCCGGUUCCUUUGCGCCCCCCGCCGGCACCUCGGGCGCCACCCAAGCCACCUGCAGCCAAGGGUGGUACGGGAGCGAAGCCCAAAGCCGCCCCCAAGCGGCCCGCGGGAGCUAUCACGCUGCGGACGCUGCUGGACGCCGGGUUUCUGGUGCCCGGCAGCAAGGUGCUAUAUGUGGAAUACAAGGGCCUUAUCACGUGGGCAGACCUGACGGAGGAGGCCACCAUCAUGUGUGAUGGGCAAACCUUCGAGUCGCCCUCCGCCUUCUCUAUCUUCGUCAAGCGCAAGCUCAACCCGGAGCGCAAGGCGGACGACGGCUGGAAGGCGGUCAAAUACGCCGGAAAGCUGUUGGAGCACUACAAGGAGCAGUACCUGCGGCAGCAGCUGGCAGCGUCGGGGCGCGACACGCCCGGGUCUAGCUCUCAUUACGGAGACGACGACGACGGGCCGCCUAACAAGCGGCAACGCAUGGACGGGGCGGGCCUGAAGAUAAAGCUCAAGCUUAAGGACGGCCCCGGCAGUCCGACUGCCCAUCGCGGCCCCACCAUGCCGCUGGGCGAGCCCUCGGAGCUAGAGCCCAUCGAGUGCGGGCAGUACGCCGGCGCGCCCGGCAGCGGCGAGCAGGGCGCGCAGCCCUUCCGCGUGGAGAUCAGCGAGCUGGUGGUGAUUGUGAUGGACUUCCACGCGCACUGCUCCGCCACCGAGGUGGGCGGGCUGCUGGCGGGCAGCUUCGACGAGGGCGAGCGCCUGCUCAAGGUCACACGGGUGUUCCCAGUGCUGGAGGCGCCGGCCUCGGCCGCCGCCACCUACCCCAGCGCGUACGGCGCUCCCCGGCCGCCCGUAGCAGUGGAGUUCGACCCCAUCGACCUGGCGCGGGUGACGGAGGUGAUUAAGGACUGGGGCCUGACGUGCGUUGGCUCCUACCGCUCCCAUCCCGCCUACUACGACCAGCCCAACGCGCUGGACGUGCUGGCGCAGGCCACGGCGCAGGCGAGAGUGCGCACUGCGGGCGGCGCGGAGCCGUCCGUGUGCGCCAUCAUCUCCCCCUUUGACCCCGCCAUGACCACCGCGCCUGCCAGCGCUAUCACCUGGUUCCACGUGGAGCGGGAUGACCCCGCCGCGCCGCUGCCCGCGCUGCCGCCGCCCGGCAGUGGCGCGGCGCCGCCGCAGCUGCCGCCUGGGCUGCGGCCCAUGGCUGUGGCGCUGGAGACCAGCCGCAGCGCCAACAUCCACCUGGAGGUCAUGAACCUGGUGUCCACGCAGUUCCAGCACACUGCGCGCACCUACGCGCAGCGCCCCACGCGCGUACCGCUGGCGCUGCCCUGGCGCCCGCCUGGCACCGCGCCGCCCGUGCCGCCGCCAGCGCUCCCCGCCAACGCCUGGCCCGUGUCCGACACGUGCCUGGACAAGCUGGUGUCCUCCGUGACCGCCCGCCUGCCCGAGGUGUUUGAGGGCGACCUGGUCAUCACGUACGGCAGCAUGGUGCGCGACACCGUGAGCCACGAGUUCCAGUUGGCGGAGCGGCAGCGCGCGGGGCUGGAGGCGGGCGGGCCGGGCGGCUCGCUGGCGGCGGGGCGCUCGCGGCGGCCGGCGCGCGUCAAUGGCGCCCUGCAGGCAUACAAGGAGUUUGGCGGCAGCGACGAGGAGGAGACGGAGGAGGAUGAGGACGAGGUUAAGCUGGACGACGACUCGGACGACGUGCUCACGGACGACGACUGAGCGGCUUGGUCUGCAUGGAGCGGAGAGCGGCUUGGUCUGUCUGAUUGCACUCUGACCUGCUCUGACUAGAAGGGAGCAACGUGGGAGCAACCGGGCUUUUGCACCAGGUUUCUUGUUCGGAAGGGAGCUGCGGACUGACGUUGGGCAGGGGUCGGGAUUGAAAGAUACGGUCUGUUCGGAUGGAAUGCUGUGGAGGCCUGGCGACUGCAAUGGGAGGCGGGGCUUUGAGGUUGGGCUGCGUUUGCUUAACGGCAUUUCCGAACGCAGUGGGCAGGCGGAAAGGGCAGGGAGAGCUGGUUUCCAGGCCGCGUGUGGCCAGGCUCCGCAGUCAUGGCCCAGUCGUGGCCCUGGCGCCGCAUGGUUUUGCGAAGGACUCUAGCUCGUGCAUCCAGCGAAGGACGGCGGCGGCGUGCAUGAAUCAAAGCUGCCAGGGCGCUUGGCAUCAGGCAGUGCAUUGCCGCAGACGGCCGCUGCCAGGAUGGGUAGCACUGGUACAUGUAGCGUCACAGGGUUGCGCAAACUGAUCUUGAAGCCUGCGAAUGAGGCGCCAAGCAUUCAACGAAAGCGGCGUGCUACACUGCAUGGACGAGACUGCUUGCACAGGGCUGUGAGGGCCUUGUGCGCCCACGCUAAUUUAUUAGUGCCGGUCCCCACCGGCUAUGGCGGCAGUGUCUGUAAGUGGACGGAUGGCCACGCCGUUUGAAGGACUCAAGUCUCAAGCUGCAGCACAGCAUGCGGAUUUUGCGGAAGUGAAAGGGGAUGGCAGCCUGGCAGGCAGGGGGAACAAGGGGUGUCAGCUUUGUACAGCUGGAAAAUGGGCUGAGCCCCAUGUAGCGCAAGGGGAUGUGACGAUGGGCACCGGCGACAUGAACAGCACCCU